UUUAUAAUAGAAAAUAAUAAAUUGUAUUAAAUAGAAUAGUUGUGUGAAACAUAAAUAUGUCGGAUAAAUUUAAUGGUUUUAGUCAAGAUGAAAUAAAUCGAGUUUCCGGCAAUAAACAUAAAAAACUUACAGCCGUGGAAACGAUGAAACCAGCUACAUUUCGUGGACACGGUGGCAUCAGACGUAUGCCAGACAAAAACGAAUAUUUACGCCAACAAAAAAUGUCUCAAAUAAAACAACAGCAACAAGUAGCAUCAACAAACAUGAAUUUAGCAAAUGGUAAUAACAAUAAUAAACUGGGUGAUAAACUUAAUGAUUCCAUGGAAGAUAUCAAUCUUGAUCGCAGUAUGUCAAAAUCUAUAGAAGAAGCUUUAUUCUAUCAACCCUUGACAAGUGGCCAACAACAACAAACAACCAAUAAAGCAUAUUUAGCAGCAGAGAAACGUUUACAAGGUCACGAUGAGCGAAAAAGUACAACAAAUGAUAUGGAUACACAAUCUACACAGCCAUCAAGUGAAGACUCUUCGAUCUUAAAAUUAGGGACUGAAAUGGAUAGUGAAAUAUCAUCUUCAACUUGUACAAAUAGUUUAGACGAUUCGUCGAUUUUACGCUCUUCGCCAGCUGAUGAAAAUGAGAAAGCUCACCAUCCAUCUGCUUUUGCUGCACCUGCAUCACUGAAUGUGCAGUCACCUUUUAAGGGUAUUUCAUUGAAAGAUUUUGAAUCGCAUCGUAAAAUGAUAGAAGAACAAAAUCGCCAAAAGAAGGAAAUUUUGUACAAAGCCAUCGAACAGCAUUCACAAAAAACUGCCGCCGAAACUCGUAAAAUUGAAGAAAUAAAAGCCGAACUAGCCAAAUUAGACAAUGAUCUUGCCGUCGAUGUAGCACUGUUAAGAAAACAAAUCGAUAAUGCCUGUAUACAUUUUGCCACUGUUGAAAAACAUUACAUGAAAAUAGAGUCACAGUUUCUAAAAGCCAAAAUAGAUUUACAUAAUGCCGCCGAGAAGAAAGAACUUUUAACUGAGCACCUAUGCACUGUUAUCGCCCACAAUGAAGAUCGCAAAGCUCAGAAAUUAACUGAACUAAUGGAAAAAGUUGGCUUAGCCACAAAUGGAGAAUACGAACCACCAACUUCCACAUCAAAAUAAAAUAUAUAUGAUAUUUACACACUCGUACAUAUUAAAUUUUUCAUAAUGUUUAACGAAUAUUGUUUUGAAAAAAAUGAUUUUCGUAUAUAUCUAUAUUAGUGUAAUGAUGUGCAGAACAAACGUUUAUCUUGAUGAUAAUAUGUAGUUUAUGCCAAUUUAAAGUUUGCAAUAAUUUCUAUUUUAUAUAAUUUUUUUAAAAAUCUCUAUAUUUUAUAUGUUUAGUUAAUAAAUGUAUGUAUAUGUAAUAAUAAUAGUUUAGUGUAUGUUUAAAAACCAUGUUAAUUUAAAAAAUAUAUAUAUUUUUAAUAUUGCUCUCUACAAUUUUAUGUUAAAUGAAUUCUAUAAUUUAUAAAUGAUUACAUCUUUGUUAACGUAUACAA